AUGGCAAAAUCUAUAUCAAAAAUCGGUUCACGUAAAAAUGCACGUAUUGGUUCGCGUAAGCAGACUCGUAAAAUACCAAAGGGAGUUAUUUAUGUUCAAGCUAGUUUCAACAAUACCAUUGUGACUGUUACCGAUGUACGGGGUCGGGUGAUUUCUUGGUCCUCUGCCGGUUCGUGUGGAUUUAAGGGUACACGAAGGGGGACCCCGUUUGCCGCUCAAACUGCAGCAGCAAAUGCGAUUCGAACAGUAGUCGAUCAAGGCAUGCAACGAGCAGAAGUCAUAAUAAAAGGUCCCGGUCUCGGAAGAGAUGCGGCAUUAAGAGCUAUUCGUAGAAGUGGUAUACUAUUAAGGUUUAUACGGGAUGUAACCCCUAUGCCACAUAAUGGAUGCAGGGCUCCUAAAAAAAGACGUGUGUAA